CUUAACGGACUGGGCUACCUCUAUUAUGCAACGGCUUAAUUUAUUUCAAUUUGCCUACUUAGCGGCCCAAUACAAUAGAACGAAUAAACAUUAGUUUAGUCGUUUUUAGAAUGUAACAGAGUGAGAAAACUUUUGAUUAAUAAAAAUUGUUCGAAAUUGAAUACACCCCGCAUACCUUAGACGAGGAGAGGAAAGAUACCGUUUAACCUCAAAAACAAAGUUGUGAAGAAUUAAAAUCAAUUAUUAACAGGAUGAGUGGAGUCAGACUUUUAUUCCGUACGUUACUAGAGAAACAUCCGAUAAUAGGAAACGCCGUCGUUUAUGGGACGUUAUGCGUCGCGGCGGAAACGUCACAGCAACUGGUGGACAAAAGACUUUUGAAUAAAUCCACAGAAGCUCUGGAUGUACAGUCCAUAGGACGACUAGGGAUUUAUGGAACGGCGGUGGGAGGACCUUUGCUAGCUGUAUGGUAUAGAUUUUUGGAUAAGAAGUUGCCCGGUGCAGCCACCAAAACGGUCAUAAAAAAGUUGUUGAUCGAUCAGUUUAUCUUUACGCCACCGUUACUGGUCAUCUUUUAUGUUACUAUGAGCGUCUUGGAGAGGAAACGAGACUUACUUGAAGAAUGCCGAAACAAGAUCGGACAUACGUUCCUGGCCAAUUGCCUCUUUUGGAUGCCAGCCCAAGGGGUGAACUUCGCCCUUAUUCCGGGCAUAUACAGGGUGUCCUACAUUGGAACCUGUUCUUUUGCCUGGAUUAAUAUCCUUUGCUGGUUUAAAAAGCAGGACGUCACUAAGGCCGCACUCGAUUCAGUUGAGCGCAAAAUAGAAUGAACUUGUAUAGUAGUGUGUAAAUAAUAAACUUUUAUAAUGCAUA